AAAAAAAAAAACUCGCGAAUUGGUGACGUCUUUAUUAGUGGCCGGAUAUUCUAGCGGAAGUCCCUUCCGCAGAGAAGAAUGGCUGGUCUGCUGAAAAAGACCACCGGCCUGGUCGGCCUGGCAGUGUCCCAAAAUCCACAUGAGCGUCUUAGGAUUCUGUACUCAAAGAUCCUGGCAUCACUGCAGACCAUGCCACAGGAGGCAGCCUACAGGAAGUACACAGAGCACCUGGUCAACGAGAGGUUCAACCAUGUCAAAACAGAGCCUGAUGUGGAGAAGCUGGAGAUGAAGAUAAACUGUGGACAGAUUGAGGAAGUUAUUUUCCAGGCGGAGUGUGAGCUGGCUCUAUCCAGGAAGAUGUCUGAUUGGAAACCGUGGGAGCCCCUGACAGAAGAGCCUCCUCCCAACCAGUGGAAAUGGCCUAUCUGAAUUUGAAAUGUAUACUGCUCAUGUCAUACUGGGAUCCAUCCCUCUGCUUCUAAUUUAGUUCUGUACAAAUAAAAGUCCUGCAAACAUU